GAAAAUAAGUUGACUGUUGGUCAACCGUCUAAAGAACCGAAUGUAAAGUUGAAUUGAUUUUUAUUAAAAGGAUAAACAUAUGCACGAUCUUAAUUGUUGAAUUAUUAUGUUUAUUCUUGUGCUACAAUGGAGUACCACUCAGCGUCAAUGCUGAGCGGAUAGCGUUGUUUUCCUUUUUGCUGUCCGUAGGUGAUCAGACAGAUGAACCUAGAGCCGAUCCCAGAGGGCAUUGAGGAGGAGAUGUACGAUGGCGUGGCUGUCUCUUUAAUCUGUUGAUUAUGCUUUAUUUAAUUAACUUUAAUGCUUAUUACGUUUUCGGGCAAGAUCCCAAGUUGUUUGACUUUAAAAAGGCUUCCGCAUUAUUUUAAAUUACUCCAAUGGAUUUUUAUAUGUAUUGAUAGAACAAUGAAUCAAGAAUCGACCCACGGUCAGUACGUUCCGGAGCCGGAGCACGUGAGCGUGCACACGGUGAACACCGAGGGUUCGAGUUUCACGCCUCCGGGUGACGGAGGGCAACAGCAGAAUCAACCUGCGCCAGCGGGACAGCCACCAUCUGUACCACCACCAGUCGUACCACCUCCAGUGAUGCCACCGUUGGUGAUGCCGCAGGUGGCCUACGAGCAGAUGUUCCUGGCCAUGAUGGCCCAUUAUAUGCAGCACAUGGCGCAGUUUAUGCCCAUGUUCCAGCCACCGCCACCACCACAGCCGCAACCGCGCAUCGUUACCUUCAAGAUGUUGAAGGAUAAUGGAGCGGAAGAGUUCCGAGGAGACAAUAUGGGGGAGCCCCAGAUUGCAUUGGAUUGGCUUGAGCAGAUGGACCGGGUACUCAAGAAUUUGAGAGUCCCAGAUGCUGAUCGCUCGGAGUUGGCGUCACAGAUGUUCCGGAAGGGAGCAUAUGAUUGGUGGAAGCGCAUUGACCAGGAUCCACACACGCCCAAGCCGUGGACCUGGGAUCGCUUCGAUCGAGCCUUCACGAAGGAGUACGUCCCCACCCGAAAGAAAAUAAGUUGACUGUUGGUCAACCGUCUAAAGAACCGAAUGUAAAGUUGAAUUGAUUUUUAUUAAAAGGAUAAACAUAUGCACGAUCUUAAUUGUUGAAUUAUUAUGUUUAUUCUUGUGCUACAAUGGAGUACCACUCAGCGUCAAUGCUGAGCGGAUAGCGUUGUUUUCCUUUUUGCUGUCCGUAGGUGAUCAGACAGAUGAACCUAGAGCCGAUCCCAGAGGGCAUUGAGGAGGAGAUGUACGAUGGCGUGGCUGUCUCUUUAAUCUGUUGAUUAUGCUUUAUUUAAUUAACUUUAAUGCUUAUUACGUUUUCGGGCAAGAUCCCAAGUUGUUUGACUUUAAAAAGGCUUCCGCAUUAUUUUAAAUUAC